GGGCUUUCAAACGGUUCUAUGUAUUUGACGAAUCGAUGAGCGUUUUCAAUCACUCAAUCAGCUCCGUUAACUCGUAAAUGGAUAAGUACCGUGUUAGUAUUCAUGUAGCGUUGACUUUCGUUCGUAUCUGUGUGAGUAAAGGUAAUACUUUUCGCACGAUUUGUCACACAAAUGUGCGUGUACCUAACCAUUAAUAAAAAGGAAUGAAAUCCUGAGCAAGACAAAGGAGCCAGCAUCAAUAUUUAUUGCUGUACUUAGCAUUAAUCAGGUGGGAUCGCGCGCUGUAUCGGAACAACGGAUGUCGGCGUUCACGGAUAGAUGGACUGUCGCGGUUCACGGAGUUUCGCCUCACUCAAAGAUUUUUGAUCGUAGCGGAUGCGUAGCGCCCGCCCAAGCCUCGCUUCCUACGAUUUUCCCGCGCGCUGAUAACCCUUCGUAGCAGUUUCAGUUUGUGCUGUGACGCGCCGGUGUGUGGUAGUGUCGCGCGCUCCGAUCUCUCCAGCGCCACGCGUUCGUAAUGUGUGACAAUAAAUGUUGCUUCCUCUUUUAAUAGCUGUCGUUUUAUAAGCAUUAUUACAAUAGAUUAUCGAUAACUGUGUAUUGUUAUAUUAUUAUAAUAUAAUAUAAGUUCUUGGUAUUCAAUAAUUAAUUAAGUAUUCAAACUCUACCUGUGAGCUAUUUCAACAAGUGCCCAAAAAAGCCAAUAACAUUGGAUGGGCCUAGACCGAUGAGAGAGGCAGUCGGACCCGACCGUAUUUAUCCACGGAUGCCGUGAGGUCUCGACCUGGAAGCGCAAGCCGUCGCCGUGAUGAUAACAACCCGCCAAAAUGCGUCGGCGGCCAUUUUAAACAGGCAACGGAUACGUUUGUCGGCACGAGAUGGCCGUCAGCGUCAGCGCCCACUGCCUCCCAGCGAACGCGCGCGUUCCUACCCAGAAGCGCUGCUAUGAAAUGUGGAAACACUGCAAGUGGCGACAGAAAUCACCAAGGACGAACCCGGCCAUUAGAGUUCCCAGAUAGAGAUUGUAUAGUGAUUUUUUUAGAGGCCUAAGUGUUAUUGUGUUGUGUAAAUAUAGUGGUGUGUUGGUGUUAAGUAUGGAGGGUCGUGGAGCGCGCACGCCUCUGCUGGAGUGCGGCGAGUACCCGCACGCGCACAGGGCGCCGGCGCCACGCUGCUGCUUCUGGCUCGCGAGCCACGUCAACGUGAGGAAGUGCGUUGCCGGCGUCAUGCUGCUCUCCGUCCUCACUAUAUUCUUCUACACGUAUUACGUCACGGCACCUUUGACGAGCCUGGUGUGGCGCGACCGUGUGCCCCGUCCGCUGUCACAAUGUUCACUGCUCGCGUCGCAGCAGCAGGCCGCGCGCGACCACCGCUCGGACGCGCGCCUGCGCAUCGACGCGAAGGUGCUGGUCAUCGCUGAGUCUCUGUACUCGCGGCUCGGGCGUGACAUCGCUGAGCUGCUUGUCGCCAACCGUAUACGGUACAAGGUGGAAGUCGCCGGCAAAAGCCUGCCAGUACUUACCACUUUGGACAAGGGGCGCUACGGCGUCAUCGUGUUCGAGUCGCUUUCGAAAUACGCGAACAUGGACAAAUGGAAUCGAGAACUUCUCGAUAAGUACUGUCGAGAAUAUUCAGUAGGGGUGGUUGGGUUCGCGACCCCCGGCGAGGAGACCCUCGUGGGCGCCCAGCUGAAAGGAUUCCCACUCUUCAUGCAUACCAAUUUGAGACUAAAGGAUGCGGCACUAAACCCCGCAUCACCAGUGCUCCGGUUAGCGCGUGCUGGCGAAACAGCCUGGGGUCCGCUACCCGGCGACCACUGGACAGUGUUCAGACCGAACAGCUCGACCUACGAGCCAGUGGCGUGGGCCUUCAGACAGAACGAAUAUGGGACUAAUGAAGACCGCAUACCACUCGCCACGGUGAUGCAAGACCACGGUCGCCUCGACGGCAUACAAAGGGUCGUGUUCGGUUCCGGCCUACAGUUCUGGCUGCAUCGGCUGCUCUUCCUCGACGCGCUGAGCUACCUCAGCCACGGCCAGCUCAGCUUGAGCCUCGAGCGGUGGAUACUCGUCGAUAUUGAUGAUAUCUUCGUUGGUGAGAGAGGUACACGUCUCCACGAGGAAGACGUGUCUGCGCUAAUGGCGUCCCAGGUGGCCCUGCAGCGGCUCGUGCCAGGCUUCAGGUUUAACCUGGGCUUCAGCGCGAAGUACUACCAUCACGGAACGACGAUGGAGAAUAGGGGCGAUGACGCCCUGUUGAAAAAUCGAGAACAUUUCAGCUGGUUUUGUCACAUGUGGAACCACCAGCAGCCUCACCUAUACAACAACGUGUCGCAACUGGAAGCAGAAAUGAUGCUCAACAAACAGUUCGCGCUGGAACACGGCAUACCAACGAACUCCUGCUAUUCUGUAUCCCCGCACCACUCCGGCGUAUACCCGGUGCACGAGCCGCUGUAUGAAGCUUGGAGGAAAGUUUGGGACGUCAAAGUCACAAGCACAGAGGAAUAUCCACAUCUAAGGCCAGCGAGAUUACGGCGCGGCUUCAAGCACAGAGGGGUGAUGGUUUUGCCUCGGCAGACUUGCGGCCUGUUCACGCACACCCUCCUACUGGAGCGGUACCCAGGUGGGCGACAGAGGCUCGACAAAUCAAUACAAGGAGGCGAACUAUUCCAGACAGUCAUCAAUAACCCGAUAAACAUAUUCAUGACCCACAUGUCCAACUACGGCAACGACCGGCUCGCACUGUACACGUUCGAGUCGGUGGUGAAGUUCCUACGCUGUUGGACGAACGUGCGGCUCGCGUCCGCGCCGCCGCUCGCGCUCGCCGAGAAGUACUUCCAGUUGCGGCCGGACGAGCUUAGCCCUUUGUGGGGGAAUCCGUGCGACGACAUCCGACACAGACGCAUCUGGUCCAAGUCGAAAUGGUGCGACACCUUACCCAAGGUUCUAGUGAUUGGACCACAAAAGACCGGCAGCACAGCGCUAUAUACCUUCCUCGCGAUGCAUCCAAUGCUGGUGCCCAACCAGCCGAACCCUAUCACCUACGAGGAACUGCAAUUCUUCAAUAAUAACAACUAUUUGAAAGGAUUGGAUUGGUACCUAAACUUUUUCCCGCCAAACCAAAGCAACGCGUCACAAAUAACAUUCGAGAAGUCGGCUACGUACUUCGACGGUGAGCUGGUGCCGCGGCGAGCGCACGCCCUUCUGCCCAACGCUAAGAUCAUUGCUAUACUAAUAUCACCGUCAAAGAGGGCGUAUUCGUGGUAUCAACACAUUCGGUCGCACGGCGACGCCGUAGCCAACAACUACACGUUUCAUACUGUCAUCACGGCCAACGACUCCGCACCGAAAGCUCUAAGGGAUCUCAGGAACCGCUGCCUCAACCCCGGUAAGUACAGCCACUACCUGGAGCGGUGGCUGGCGGAGUUCAGCUCGCACCAGCUGCACGUGAUCGACGGUUCGCUGCUGCGCUCCGAGCCGGCGACCGUGAUGAACUCGCUCCAGAAAUUUCUCAAGGUGCCGCACGUGGAUUAUAAUAAAUUGCUCAAAUACGACGCGAAAAAGGGAUUUUUCUGUCAAGCCGUGAGCAACGAGAAAACGAAAUGUCUGGGCAAGUCGAAGGGUCGGAUAUACCCUCCUAUGGAGGAGAGGUCCGCCAAGUUUUUGAAGCGAUAUUACACGCCUCAUAACACGGCUUUGUCGAAACUCCUAGUGCGAUUAGGCCGGCCGGUGCCGCAGUGGCUUAAGGACGAACUAUCUAAUGGAUAGCACAACUCACAACCUGUGCGGUUGGAACAAACUCAAAUAGUGCGCGCACUCGUCAAAGUGUGUGUUGUGACAUUGUCUUAACGACUUCUGUGUACGAAAUGGUUCAUGUGCAAACUCGACCUUCGAACGGACAGUGUAUAUAAAAGAUUCGGCUUAAAGCAAUAUAAGUUUGUAUAGUUUAUUAAUACAUUAACCUCCUCUUAUCUUGUAGGGACGAACCCAUCGGGAUAGUUAUGCCUUAAUAAGGCAACGUGUCCGCUCCAUGUUAUAAACUACGGGCGUCAAGUCGCAAUACGUAAAUGUUUAUGUGUCAAUGUGAAUGAAGACGAUUUAUAGUUCUAUCUACGGAUGUUGUAUAUUAAAGAGUUGUUCGUCUGAUGUGCGAGUUUAGAUUUAGUUUUUUAUACUUAUGAUUAAAAUCAUAGUUUGUUUUACUUGCCAGUUUCAUUGACGCCGAUGCUAUAUUGGUCUGGGUGCUAUGACUUUAAUGUGAAAAUCUUGAGCCAUUAGUUUUAUGAUUUAGAUUUACCGUCGAUUUAAUUUCGUAAACUGUUUGGAACCAUGGACAGCUGCAUAUUAUCAUAAUUGUUUAAAAUUAGUUACAAAAAAAACAUGUAAAACAUGUAUUAACAUUGUAUACGCUUUUGAUUUCUUGAUAUUUAAUUGUUUGGCAUAAUUGGUAAUUUUAAACUCGUAAUAUAUUUUGAUUCAUCGUAAUGUAUUUCAAUCAAUGAAAUUUAUAGGCAUAUUAUAGACAGCGCAGGAGACAGGCCUGUAUCUUUGUAGAAAGAGAGAAAAGAUCGCGGUUUUCAUUCACAUACUUACAUUUACAUAAACAAAAAAGUGAGAUUCAACUAAUUGUUGCGUCAAGAGAAGGAGAGAUAAGGUUCCACGAUCUUCUCUCUCUUUCUAAAUGUCAGGAAACUGCUUUCGAAGAGGCGUGUGCCUUGGCCUACUCUAUCCGUAAUAUGAGAUCUAUGAUGAUGUUGCUGAUAAUAAACUUUUCAAUCGAUAAAUACUCUUGUUUUUAUAUAGUGUCAUUCCAUGAAUUUGUCACACGCUUAGUAAGUAUUUUUACAAUGUUCGUACCUGAUGCUCUUAGUACAUUUGUAGUUUAUUGCCUCUAGUUGAAUGGACAUUAUCUAUGCCUGUGCCAUAGACUAAUCUAUCAAUUAUUUUCUAGUGUAAUGUAUUUGAUUUGCCCCAUCAUUUUACCUAGAGGGAAGUCGAAUUUGAACUCACAACUUAAUCUGUGGUGUCAACCGCAGAUGCGAGUAUACUGUAUAAUGUUUUAUAAUAUAUUUUAGUAUGUAUAAAUUUGUUAAUAUGUCUGUCUAAAUGUGAUUCAGUGUUCUAUCACUUGUUUAUUAUAGCGAGUCCAUUGUAAUUUGACGAGAAUGCAAUGUAUGAGACACGAUGUUAAUAAUAUAUUUUGAUAUGGCUGGAUUUUAAAGAUCGAAUGACGUCUGUUUUCAGAGUUUACAUAAGCAGUGUUGGUACUUAAACGAGUUGUUUUAACCAAAACAUAGUUAGUUUAAAUUAUAUGAUGAGGUGAAAAUAAUAGAAUAUAAAGAAUCAGAUGUAUGUAUAAAGCGAUUAUUUCUCCUAAAGCUUUAUAGAUUUAGAGUUUAUGUCUACUAAUAAAUGUUUGGAAAGACUAUAUAGAUAUGUUUUCUUUUAAUAUUCAUUGAAUUUCAGCUUGUUCUACAGUUACAACUAUUUGAUACUGAAUAUUUUUAUGUUAGCGAAAUAAGUUGUACGUUUAAUUUUUACCCAAUUUUAUGCUAAGAAAAAAUAAAAGCCUAAUUUAAUGUAAUAUUUUAUCGUGAAAUUAUUUCUCACGGCUUGCGGGUUUAGUUUUUAGUAAAAUCGUAAUGUUUUUGUUGAUAUAGAACAAACGGACUAAUGAAAUCGGUUUUAUAUUUAUAUUAUUAUGAUUUAUUUAUAAUGGAUAUGAAUAUGUAAGUAAAAAGUCUCUGCUCGUCAUUGAUACUAAGUAUGUAUACAGUACGCGAUCUGAUAUAAAAUGUAUUUUUUUUUUCAUUCGUCAGCAAUUUAUUGCCCUUUAAAUGUGUUCUUAUAUGAAAUUAUUGCAUCACUUAUUUUAUUAAAGAAUAUAAUGUA